UACACAAAGUGUUAUUUAUUCAAGAAAGUCGCUAAGGAAACAUUGUUGCUCACGGCACUAUAUUUUUCGACCUGCAUAGUUCAUGUGCGGUUUUGUAAUUACAUUCCGACCGUGCGGUUCUUUUGUUUAGAAUUCAGUUCUGAUAUCUCGAGGAUCUUCUGGUGUUAAUUAAUCAAUAAAUUACAAGAAAAAUGAGACCAAGCGAUAGCGAGUCACAAAAGUUCAGUUCCCGAGCUCAGAGUAUAACUUCCUCGAAGAUGAAGAUCAACACCUCCGGGAGAAUUCGUAGGGCCGCUCCAAAAAAUAUAACGUCAAUUCUUCAACAACGACAGGAUCUUCGUGUAAUAGAAGAUGGCGUGGAUAUGACGCCAAAACCAUUGGUUCAUUUUUUCUAUCCCAGUAUAGAGGAGAAGCAAGUAACGGCCUUUGAUACUUUCGGUUUCCGGGAAGCACCAAGCAGUUCGCAAUUAGUGAUAUCCGCUUCCGCUCACGGAGGACUUAAGGCCAGUUCCUCUCUUGUCAUAAAAACAUCAUCCGUGCAAACUGCAGUUCUGGUACCAGAAGACAUAGUGUUCGACAGUUUGACGUCGACACAGAUCCAGGAAUCGCCUUUGCAAUCAAUUGAUGAAGACAGGGCCCCCUCGCAAUUUUGUUUACCCAGGUACAACUCUGAUAUCUUUCACGUACCUCCUGCCAAGGUAACAAUUACUCUUAAGGAGACAGAAACAGUCUUCAUCUUUGAGAUGCCACAGCUUACUGAAGAUUUAAGAACACCAGAGGGUCAAGCUGUGAAGAGUGAUAAUGAGCGUUAUGAAUAUAUUACAGUGGGCGCAGGGUCGAAUAGGAAAUUAGCUACAGCCGAGACUCAGACACCUUGCGUCCACAUGAAAACGAGGUCCAGUUACUUGGGUAGACAUCAGCGUCGUAAUCAGGGCACAUUUGUCAAUAACUGGGUACUGUACGACACAUUUGCUGAGAUGGAAGCCCUAGGAUUGACGGGUAACCUCGUGCUUUUCACCGACGAGGCCAUAAAGAAUCUAUGGAAAGGAGAGGAGAACAGGAUGAAGUUACCAAAACUGACGACAAUGGAUAUUAUGAACCCUGAAGAUCAGUUGGCAAUAAUAGGCAAAACUAAGGAGUUCAAGGAUGCUGUACGAAUCGUGACGAGAAUCAUUUCCAGCAAUCUGUACAUCGUGGCGCAGAAGAGAUUCAAGGGUCUUAUUGGACAAGAUCCAUGCAGCUUGAGUUUAGAGUUCACCUACAGUCUAGACCUACUGUGGAAGCAUACAUAUUACAUUACGCAAGGGCGACCAGUAUCGUGCUUCCGGUGGAAUUACAUAAAUCAGAACGUCCUGGCCGCUGGUUACGGUGCUGCACCAAGUGCAGAUUCCAAGACAGGAUUGGUAUUGAUCUGGUCCAUUAAGAAUCCCAGCCUACCAGGUCGCGUUUACACUUUUAAUAGUCAGGUAUCAGACAUGGAUUGGAGUAGGGAUAAGCCGAAUUUAUUGGCAGUAGGAUUUUAUGACGGCGUCGUUAAGGUCAUCGACGUAAGUAGCUUGAAUCUGGUAGUGAUGCGUUCUAGUCGCAGAUCCGCGUCACCCUCGUAUGCACCCCAUUGGCAGGUACAGUGGUGGGAAGGCGAGGAGCAGUUUGAUUUUCAGGAACAAAUUUACACGAGUAACCAAGAUGGCCGUAUCCUGUGUUAUCGGUCUGGCGAGGAUUUCACGGCUACGGAGAUCAUGAGGAUAUCCAGGGUAGAAGGAAAAAUUAGGGGGGUCAAGAGAACAAAUCAUUGUGCCGUUUACGAUAUUCCCAUAAGCAGGAAUUCUGGUGCACUGUUGCUUAAGCGUCAUCCUACCCUGAGCAACAUAUACUUUGUUGGGUCUGACGAAGGCUGUGUUCAUCGAUGCUCGACGAAUUAUCUUCAUCAGCAUAUCGAGGGCUUCCUGGCGCAUGACGGUCCUAUCUACUCGAUGGAAUUCUCGCCGUUUUGCUCAAAGAUAUUUCUUACGUGCGGUGCCGAUUGGUGCACCAGGAUCUGGGCUGAGGGGAUCUUCGAGCCACUGAUUACUUUGUCUACGCAGAUGGCCUGCGUACGGGCUGCUACUUGGAGUCCUACAAUUUCCACAGUGAUAGCUUGUACCGUUAAUAACGAGAUCUGUCUCUGGGAUAUCAAGAGAAAGACUUACGUGCCGACCUCGAUCACGAUUUCCACGCACGCUGAGAGAUUUCUGCUACUUGAGUUCACUAAGAACGGAAGUCAACUUGUCGCGGCUGAUAUCGAUGGCGCUAUCUACGUCUACAGUCUAGAAGGCAUGCCAUUUCCACCCUAUAAUCAGACCCGAGUUCUCGUCAAUUCCAUUGAGAGAGCUUUGAUUACCAAGCCAGCUUUACUUAGAAAGCUGAAGAAGCUUGGAGAACCAUUUUAAUACUUACUACGUAAAUUUCAAUAUUGACACUAAAAAUAUAGAAUUGCAACAGGUAUGUACAUUGAAAUUUUUUUAAAAAUUAUUUUCUUUCUAAUAAUGUACAAGGUAACGUUUGUCCAUGAAGUAAGUAAAACAUUGCCUCAUAAAUUUUACUCUAUCCUUUAAUUGAUACUCGCCGUAAACUAACUUCAAACGAUUAUCAGGCACUUACGUACGAAGCGGGCAUCUUUCAGGAUCAUUUAGAAGUUUAAAAACUUUCUCAUAAAACCAACCGUGGAACAUCGUUCGCAUCAUUCGCCAUAUUUAUAUCAAUCGUUUAUAUACGUAGUGACGUGUAAACCUAUAGGAAUAACGAAAGCCAAGUAAUCGAUUCAUAAAUCAGAACCCUAAUCUCCUAUAAAUUUUCUCAUUACACCUCAAUACUCAUCAAUUAAUACUGUCAAUUGAUGCAUAUAAUUUUAUUAAAACGCUAACAAGCUAACAUUCUGUAUAAAUUCUCUUAGCAUCAGAGAAGCAUUAAAUAUUCUACAAAGUAUGGAGUAGGUAAACAAGGUAAGGAUCUGCCUUAUCGACAGUAAGGCCUAUCCGGCACGUGGGGACCCCUUUGGCGCAUGUGAAUCUGUCCCAAGUUAAAAAUACGUGUAGUCAGGUCGAGUAAAGAAGUAUAAAAAAAAGUGCCG